UUUUGUUCCAUAAAUGGAUAUACUUGUAUUGAUUUUAAACCAUUAUCUGUGUGUUUUAAAUUACGAAUUAUAAAUUUUAAAAUAGAUUUUAUCUUUGCGGUAAGUCGUACAAUAAUGUGAUAAUACUAGGUGAAUGCUACGAGAAUGUAUCUGUAUGUGCAAUCACGCCGUGAUAAAGCUUACAAGUUCACGAGGUGUUCAUGGAGAUAAGAAAGAAAUUUCAUUACACAGAAAUAUGAUUCAUGGAUUAUAUAGAACUUGUAGCAUCUUUUUUCCCAAUGCGAGUAAAUGGUUGCAGAUGAAUUCCGGGGAUCCGGCAAGCCACUUAGCGGUAUCUGAUAUUAAAAUCGCGCGUUGAAUUGGUGUUAAACGAUCGUGUGUAAUUUACACAAUUAUGGAUGAGCACGAGAAUCUACAUUGUAAGUCUUAGACAUAUAAUUAAUGUGUGCAUUGAUGUCACAAGUUGCUGCACGAGAAUGUAGCAUGUAUACGCGUGUAUAUGCGUGUGUACGUGUAUAUGUAUGCGAGUUCAAGCAAGUCUGGAGGAGCACCAUGAGAGAGUGGGAGCGAGCUUUGCUCUGGCUGUCUGGUUUUCAGUAAAUUUGCUCGCCCGACCACAUUCACGGAUCAUAAGGAAGGAUCAGUCGGAAUCUAUUAGCGGUGCUGUUAAGUGAUAGAAAGGUACUUGAGAAUGAUCCUCCGGAAAAGGGUCUUCGUCCUGAUACUCUGCGUUUAUCUAUCGGGUAUGCCGUUGCUUGCAGACGCAACCACAGUAUCGGGAAAUUGCCCAUCGUUCGGCAGUUCCAUGACGCAAACGGAACUUUUGCAAGAAUUGGCGAAUGAGUGUCGUUACGACAAGAUGGUCAGGCCGCCCGGGGUGAUUAACGAGACGGAUCCGAUUAGAAUAUACACCAGAGCUUCUAUCUACACGAUAAAGUCCAACAUGGCCAAAACUCUGCAAUUUGACGUGCAUCUAAUGCUGCAGUUUCGAUAUUUGGAUAAACGGCUGAAAUUUGCGAACAUAGCUCCUUACUUGACUCAAAUAUAUGGCGGUCAGAACGCUCACGAGCUGAUUUGGACGCCUACCGUGUACGUCGCCAACGAGCGUACUUCGGCCGUAAUGGGGAACGGCGUUAAAGAUCUACUUAUCUCCAUCAGCUCUCAUGGGAUGGUCAUGUUAAACACUAGACUGGAAACCACCCUCAAUUGCGGCCUCCGUUUAGAGAAGUUUCCAUUCGACGUGCAAGAGUGUCCAUUGGUAUUCGAAAGCUGGACUCAUAAUGUGAACGAAAUGGUAUUGGACUGGGAUGAAACUCCGAUUGGCAUUGCGGACAACUUAUAUUUGACGGAGUACAAACUCGUCGAUACGUGGGUCAAUCGCUCCGGGGUGUCCUAUACCCCGUCGCAACAUCAUUACGGACACUUUGCCGGCAAUUUCAGCUCGAUAAACAUUACGUUUAAACUGGCUCGUGAAAUGGGAUUCUUCAUGAUGGACUAUUACGUACCGUCUAUAUUGAUUGUAGUAGUUUCGUGGGUGUCAUUUUGGUUGCACGUAGAUGCGAGCGCGCCGCGAAUAGUCUUAGGAACAAAUACUAUAUUAGCAUUUAUGACACUCGCAUCGAAAGUCGAAAAUUCGUUGCCGAAGGUCUCUUAUAUAAAAGCGAGCGAAAUUUGGUUUUUGGGCUGCACGAUAUUUCUGUUCGCGGCAAUGGUCGAGUUUGCCUUUGUCAAUACCAUAUACAGGAGGAAAAAAAACGUGCCGUUGAAAAAGGUCAACAGCAAGUACAUUCUUAAGUCAACCCUGACGCCGCGAUUGGCGAGAAAACAAUUUCAGAAGAAUACAACUGGUUUGGAACGAUCGCGAUCAUGGUCGUCGUUAGACAAUGCGAAUACGAACAACGAGCAGGAUUUCACAAGCCACAAUUAUCUUACCGUGCACAGUUUUCCGAGCACGAUCAAUAUCCCAUCGGUAAGAAUAGAGGAAGAUAAGGAUCCGGAUUAUUCCGUUGGCAGCAUCACAACCAUCGACAGCACCCCGCCGGUUAAGUCGUUUACACGCAGGCCGACUCUAGCCAAGUUACACAACUUUACGACAAUGACGCCGCAGGAGAUCGCUCAGUGGAUCGAUAGACGCAGCAGGAUAGUAUUUCCCGUAUCAUUUAUUAUAUUUAAUAUUCUUUAUUGGUCUUUUAUAUGGAUCUGAAAUCACGCUGCGCAAUGACUAUUAAUCGCACCCUAUUUUUAUACCAAAUAGCCAAAUCUGUGGAAAACAGAUUUUGCAAAUGUCUGCCGACAAACUGUGUGUCGGUUAAAUGCCAGUAAGAAUAUAAUAGUCUAUCAACGGAAUAUGACGGCAGAUUGACUGAAGAAACCAAACAGAGUUUGUAAAUUUCACAGCUAUUCAAACGAUACAGUUUAAUGAUUAUGAACAGAUUCUGGCAAUUUACUGUUAGAUCACGUCGUCAGAAUCUAUUAGCAAAACGCUCCUCGCUAUAGUUAUUCGUGUUUGAUAAUGUUUGAGGCGAGAAAUGACACGCUUCUUGCGUGAUAUUUUCAAAUAAAACAAUGUUUGAAUGAACUGCCGUAAAAUGAACGUGAUACGCAGCUUUCUUUCAAUUAGCAAUGAUUUAUACGCAGGCUCAUAACUAGGCUUAUUCGCAUCACAUUUUACGGCUGUUUAUUAACUGUCGAAGGAGAAGGAUAGUUGUCGAAUAAUUUUCCCCUGGGAAAAUGUACUUUAAAUAAAAUUAAAGUUUUCAAAAGUAAUCUUUCAAAUCUACGAGUUUACUUAAAGAAGUUAAACGAAGUUCCCGCCAGAAGGCCGCGCGUUAUAGCACUUUCUCGUAAAAAGAAAACCGCACGCGGUAUUAUAAAUUAUAUCACAUACUUUUCGCAGUUCUUAAAGUUUUCUUUUGAAUUCUCAAAGUAAGUUUUAUAAGUUUACCUUAAGUAAAAGUCUAAAGCGUCCAAAUUUACGUUUCACAUUUCUUAUCUUUUCGAAAGUAAACUUUUAAAGUUUUCUAAGGUAUACUUUCCCAAGAGUUAUAAAUGUGCUAAAGAGAUCUGAAAUGUUCUUUUAGCCAAGUAUUUCUUUAUUUGAAACUGGCACGCAAGAAUUCUCAGCGUAUCAUUUCCCGCUUCUGACGACAUCAAACAAGGACAACUGCGGUGAGGGACUAGGAAUCUUCACGCAAAUGAAAUUGAUAUCAAUCUGCAACAUUUUGCUUGAAUUAGGUGACAAACUCCUAAUACACUGUUAACUUAUCGGGAAUACAUUUUUUGUGGAAUUAUGUCCCUUAUUCUUAGCACUUUUCUCUCAAUCCUUUUUGCCUUACUCUAUACUUUAAUGGUACAUGUGUAGUAUAAAAAAACCAUUUGAUCACAAUUGCAAUAUUUUCCACAUGUGUAACUAAUUGUAAGUAGCAAAUACGAAAUAGUAGGGAAGCAACACAAGAUACGCCAAGCACGCAGUAAUUAAGAGCGCUAAGAAUAGGAAAGUUCAACUGAAUUUAACUUGGUGAAUAUGUUCUCUGCACAACUGAAAUUUGAAACGGCAAGAAUAAAGGCGGAACGCUGGACGAUAAAAUCCGACGGCGUAAACAGAAAAUAUUACGAAUGCAAAACCGCAACGUUCUAAGAAAUUUAAUUACGUAUAUAUAAUAACUUGUCUAUGUUUAAAAUUGUCAAUUGUCUGUAAGUUAUUAAUAUAUUUUUAUUACGUAUAUCGGCAAUUAAAUAUAAUCUCUCAAAAUAACAUUUUACUUUAUACAAAAGGAAAGGACAACUCUGUUUCUUCUUCUUCUUCUUCUUCACGUAACAUCUGUAAGUAAAAUACACAGCUUCUCAUCACUAUUGUAAUUUAUGCAAUAACCAUUACAAGUUAAAUCGAAGAUUGUAAUCGACGUAUAAUAUACUUCGUAUGUUAAAUAAUCUGAUGCUUUGUGAAGAGAUUCUAAUAUUUUGGUGAUACUACGAGCAUAAUUUUCAAA